AUGGCGUCGACUAGAAAAAUAUGGGUGAGUCUGAUGUUGGUUCGUUUGGCCCAGGGUAUGACACAUAUGGGCAAAGGAACAAUGACGCUGAAUCCAUUUCAUUCGGAUCGUCAACUUAUGUGCCCAGCAGCGGUCGCCGGACUUAUUACCAUAUGCUACGCAUUUCUAGACGCCAACAAUUGUGUGUUGAAUAAUCGUCAGCACUAUUUAAUAUAUUCGAUGGCUCUGGCUAUACAGCCACGAUUGCUAAUAACUUUGGUUGAGGAUGAAACAGAUCCGGACAAACUGAAACAAGUGAACGUAAGCGUCCGUGUCGGACAAGCGGUUGAUGUAGUUGCCCAGGCUGGUAAACCAAAAACAAUCACGGGUUUCCAAACUCACACGACUCCUGUCCUCAUGGCUUACGGCGAACGAGCAGAACUUGCCAAUGAAGAAUGUUAG